UCCAGCGGGUGUCAGCGGGGAGUCAUGAAGAGGAGUGGCACACCAGUGUGGGACAGAAGGAGCUACAGGCCCCCUCCCACAUUAAAGAGGAGCAGCUUCAUGAUGAAGAUGAAGCUCAGUCCUUACAGCUUCAUCACAGUCAAAGUGAGGAGAACAGAGGGGCGGAGCUUGUAAGUCAACACAUCACAGAAGCUGAUGGAGAGCAUUGUGAAGAUAUCAAGUCAGAACCAGACAGCAUCUUUGCUCCACUGUCAGACAUGGACCACAUGAUGUCACACUCUUCUGAUCACAGUGACCACAUCCAAAAACCUUUGGAGAGUAAAAAUGACUCUAAAGGUGAUACGAGACAUCACACUAACAACAAACACGUUGACUGCUCUGAAUGUGGGAAAUUAUUUAGAUGGAAGAGUCAUUUUACAGUACACAUGAGAAUACAUACUGGAGAGAAACCUUUUACUUGCUCUGUUUGUAAGAAAAGUUUCUACACAAAGCAAAGCAUGACCACACACAUGAGAACACACACUGGAGAGAAACCUUUUACUUGCUCCGUUUGUAAGAAGAGUUUCUCCAGAAAGGUACACAUGACCACACACAUGAGAACACACACUGGAGAGAAACCUUUUGCUUGCUCAGCUUGUGCUAAAAGAUUCAACAAUAAGAAUGACAUGAUAUUACAUAUGAGAACACACACAGGUGAGAAACUUUUUACUUGCUCUGUUUGUAAGAAGAGUUUCUCCAGAAAGGAACAAGUGACCACUCACAUGAGAACACACACUGGAGAGAAACCUUUUACUUGCUCUGUUUGUAAGAAGAGUUUCUACAGCAAGCAAAUCAUGACCACACACAUGAGGAGGACACACACUGGAGAUAAACAUUUUGUUUGCUCAGCUUGUGCUAAAAGAUUCAACACUAAGAUUGAAAUUAUAUUACACAUGAGAACACACACAGGUGAGAAACCCUUUACUUGCUCUGUUUGUAAGAAGAGUUUCUCUAGAAAGCCACACAUGACCAGACACAUGAGAACACACACUGGAGAGAAACCUUUUUCUUGCUCAGCUUGUGCUAAAAGAUUCAACACUAAGAAUAACAUGAUAUUACACAUGAGAACACACACAGGUGAGAAACCCUUUACUUGCUCUGUUUGUAAGAAGACUUUCUCCACAAAGCAACGCAUGACCAGACACAUGAGAAUACACACUGGAGAGAAACCGUUUAGUUGCACUGUGUGUGAUAAGAUGUUCAGGUUUAAGAAUCAGGUCAGUAGACACAAGUGUGUAACAGUCAUGGAAGCUGCAGGGAUGUAAAAACACUUAAACAGUGAUUGUGCUAAAUGUAGUUUAAAAACACAGCAUGUUUAAUAUGAAUGUAUAUUUGAUGUUGUAUGUAGUGCUUCUCAUCUUCUAGUCGUAUAUGUUGUCCUGUAGUUACUUUUUAAAGGGGGACAUUAUCACAAUUUCAGAAGGGUUAAAACCAUUAAAAAUCAGUUCCCAGUGGCUUAUUUUAUUUUUCGUAGUUUUUUUCAAAAUUUUACCCAUCACGCAAUAUACCUAAAAAAAGCUUCAAAGUGCCUGAUUUUAACCAUCGUUAUAUACACCCGUCCAUUUUCCUGUGAUGUCACACAGUGAAGCCAACACAAACAAACAUGGCGGAAAGAACAGCAAGCUAUAGCGACAUUAGCUCGGAUUCAGCGGUUUAAGCAAUUCAACAGAUUACGCAUGUAUUGAAACGGAUGGUUGUAGUGUGGAGGCAGGUAGCGAAAA